UAAUUUGAAUUUUGUUGCUUUGUAUUGGUUUAUAUUUUCAUGUUUGUUUUGUGGAUAUUUUUUUGGGGCAGAAAAACGGUGAGGAUUUUUGAAGUAGAAAUUAAGGGAAACGAGAUUGAAAUUGGAAUCGGAAACCUCCCAGCGUUUAAGUAGGGAGGGAGGGAGGAUUCAGAGAGAUAAAGAUAGAAAUAGUUUAAUGUUAAAUUUGCAUUUCGAUCGUUUGCUUGGCGAUGGCAGCGGCGGGAGCAGCAGCUAUUGGGUUGAGGCGGAAGGAGCGGCAUGUUGAGUAGCUUUACAACGUGGCCGAGUUAAUCUAUGAACCAGGGGCAUUUUGAUUUGCUUUUUAGAUCACACCUGUUUUAAGAGGGAUUUUCUGCAUGCAAGGGCCUUUGGAUGAGAUGGAUCAGAGUAGUGUGAAGAACACGGUGAAAACAGGGUACCAAAAACAGUGAAAAUAUUAUUUAGGAGUACAUGAGUCAAAAGGUUUGUGCAAAAGCAGAAUCUGGAACCUGCAACUUGUUUUCUGCUUCCUGUUUAUCUUGUAUGCAUCUUAGCAUAUCUCAGAUGGGAUCAAAGAAUGAUGAGUUUUCUGAUGAAACUGAUCAUGCUGCUGUUGCAAGUCAAUGUUCUAUGAAUGCGGAUAAAACGGGUGACAGCUUAAACCAUAGCCACAGUGAGGCAAGUAAUUUAUUCAAUGUCAAUUCAAGUCACGAUUCCUACUCUGAAAAUAUUGAAAGUAAAGCAACUGCAAGACCGUCUUCUAAAGUUGUUGAAAGCCAUGUUGAUAGUAUUUCAUGUGCUGGUAGAGGCAGUGAUGCAAAUAUAGCUUUUAGUAACUGUAACAAGGAUUUAGACUGUAAUAAUUCAUCUCAGAGUUCAGCAUCAGUUUGUAGUUUAGGAUCUGGAAAGGUGCCCCCUUCCCAGAAGCUAGACUUGUCAGAACUGCCUUCUAUGAAGGAGGUAGGUUCUGGCGGUAGUUCACUUAUGAUCCAAAUUCCAUAUUCACAUUCUGGAAGCAGCAAGAGUGCUGUUGGAAGCAGAUCUGAAAUUUCUUCCAAAAUCCAUCCCAAGUUAGAAGCAGAUAUUGAGGGCAAUAGUGAGGACCCACUGGAUAAAACUGGUAAAAGUUUGAAGGAAGACGAGCUAGAUGAAUCUGUGAUGUUACCUGACAAGCAGGAGUCUCCUUUACAAACCGCUUCUGUGGAUGAGGGUUAUGAAUCUGAUGCCUCGGAACAUGAUGUUAAGGUAUGUUAUAUUUGUGGGGAUGCAGGACGAGAAGAUUUGCUUUCUAUAUGCAGCAAGUGCACAGAUGGUGCAGAACACAUAUAUGUGUACAAAUCCCUUAAGCCACAUGUUACUGUAUGCGAGAAAUGCUUUGGAAAGUUCCUGAUGGUGAUUGGUUCUGUGAAGAAUGCAAACUGGCCGAGGAAACUGAAAGCCAAAGCAAGGUUUGGAUUAUGAGGGAAAAAAGGCAAAUAAACUUAGCUCAAGUACACAUAUCUUAGGUAAGAGACAUGCUGAAAAUCUAGAGGGUGCUUCAGCUCCCAAAAGGCAGGCUGAUGAAACAAAUAAGGGAUCACCAAAAU